GGGCGCGGCGGGAGGAUGCCGAAGCCGACGCUGCUGCUGCGCGGGGGCUGGGAGCGCGAGCGCAGCCCCGGGGACUCGGAGCUGGGCCGCCAGUUCCGGGACUGGUGCCUGCGCACCUACGGCGACUCGGCCAAAACCAAGACGGUGACACGCAGUAAAUACCAGCGGAUCGCCGAGGUCCUGCAGGGCGGCGGCGGGACCGGCGCGGGUAGCGGCCCGGCAGCCGGCGAGAAAGGCAAGUUCCAGUUCUGGGUGCGCUCCAAGGGCUUCCGCCUGGGCAGCGGCCGGGAACCCAAGAUGGGCCAAGUGGUGUAUGUGCCGGUCAAGACGGGCUCGGGGGCAGAUGGCCUGUCGGAGCCGGAGGGCAUCUCUCUGAAGCGGGUCGCUGUGGUGGAAGAUUUCUUUGACAUCAUCUACUCGAUGCAUGUGGAGAGCUCAGCGGAGCCCGGCAAAGCCCCCAAGCACGCUGGGCAGAAGAAAACCUACCGAGCGAUCGCGGAGACCUACGCCUUCCUUCCACGGGAAGCCGUGACCCGGUUCCUGAUGAGCUGCACGGAGUGUCAGAAGAGGAUGCACUUUAAUUCCAACGGCCUGGAGCCCAAAGAAAACGAGCCUCCGUCUCCUCUGGUCUCCGGGAUCAUUGAUUACAACAUGCCCCUCACCUCCACGUACCUGAAACAGAUGAAGUUGCGCGUGAUGAAUUCCCAGGAGCAGGAUGAAACUUCUGUGAGCAGUGAAGAUUUUGAUAUGAACGACUCCACAUGGAUGUCAGCUGACCCACACCUGGCCUCCAGCCUGAGUCCCAGCCAGGACGAGAGGAUGCGGAGCCCACAAAACCUCCACAGCCAAGAGGACGACGACUCCUCCUCUGAGAGCGGCAGCGGUAAUGGCUCCUCCACCCUGAACCCCUCGACCUCCAGCAGCACACAGGGAGACCCGGCCUUCCCCGAGAUGAACGGCAACGGCACCGUGGCCCCCAUGGACUUCACCGCCAGCGCCGAGGAUCAGCCCAUCAACCUGUGUGACAAGCUCCCGCAGGGCUCCACUCUGGGCACGCCCUCCUACCCCUCUGAUGGCUGUGGCGCCGAUGGACUGCGGAGCCGCGUCAAGUAUGGGGUGAAGACCACCCCUGAGUCCCCCCCUUACAGCUCGGGGAGCUAUGACUCCAUCAAAACCGAGGUCAGUGGCUGCCCUGAGGACCUGACCGUGGGCCGGGCCCCCACGGCAGAUGACGACGACGACGACCACGACGACCAUGAGGACAAUGACAAGAUGAACGACUCGGAGGGCAUGGACCCUGAGCGCCUCAAGGCCUUCAACAUGUUCGUGCGUCUCUUCGUGGAUGAGAACCUGGACCGCAUGGUGCCCAUCUCCAAGCAGCCCAAGGAGAAGAUCCAGGCCAUCAUCGAGUCGUGCAGCCGGCAGUUCCCUGAGUUCCAGGAACGGGCCCGCAAGCGCAUCCGCACGUACCUCAAGUCCUGCCGGCGCAUGAAGAAGAAUGGCAUGGAGAUGACCAGACCCACACCUCCCCACCUGACCUCGGCCAUGGCAGAAAACAUCCUGGCAGCUGCCUGCGAGAGCGAGACGAGAAAAGCAGCCAAAAGGAUGCGCCUGGAGAUCUACCAGUCCUCUCAGGACGAGCCCAUAGCCCUGGACAAGCAGCACUCCCGGGACUCCACAGCCAUCACCCACUCCACCUACUCACUGCCAGCCUCCUACUCCCAGGACCCUGUGUACGUCAACGGUGGCCUCAACUACAGUUACCGUGGUUACGGGGCCUUGGGCAGCAACCUGCAGCCUCCUGCCUCCCUCCAAACAGGAAAUCACAGUAAUGGUGCUCUCUGUAACUCUUCCCAGGUGACUGAUGCAGACGGGACACAGAUCAGUGUCGGAGAGAAACAGCCCCCCAAAGAUACAAACCUCCCCAUGGAGCCAGGGCCCACGGACCUCAGCAUGAAAGGCGGGGCCUCCACCACCUCCACCACGCCCACGCCCACCCCCUCCAGCAACAGCACCAGCCGGACCAUGCCCACCGCCCAGCUCAGCCCCACCGAGAUCAGCGCCGUGCGGCAGCUCAUCGCCGGCUACCGAGAGUCCGCCGCCUUCCUGCUGCGCUCGGCAGAUGAACUGGAAAACCUCAUUUUGCAGCAGAACUGACCCUGCGGCUGGUGGAGUGCACUACCCUAGGGAAGGAGGCUCUCCCAGCCCUGGACCGGCUUCCCGCCUCACCAGUUUGGUACCUUUUGUUUUUUGAAAGAGGUGGAUCCAAAAGAGCUGUUUCUAAGCCACACUCCAAGCGCCUGAGACUCUGGGCACAAGGACACUUUUUUUUUUUUUUUUUUUGGAAUCUCACCACACGGGUGCUCUGACCUGCUUGGAAGAGGCCAACGGGGCAGCUUCGGAAGGGCUGGGCUCCUCCUCCCCAACGAGGCGCUGGGGCCACAGCUCUAUGUAGAAUCAUCUUCGUGGGCCCUGAUGUUAGACCCCCCCCACCCCCAGAUAAUUACCUUUCAAGUCUUAGGUGAGCAGAAUCGCAUAUUUAUUGAGAAAAACAAAGUGGACCCUUUCUUCCUCUCCCCUUAGUAAUUUAUUUUUCUGAAAAUGGAUUCUUUUGUGUUUGUACAGAUUGCCAGUCUGUGUGUGUCUGAUCAGAAGGCUGUGUCCCUGUGACCUAACGUUCCAUAUCACUACACUGGCGUGGGCUGGGGGCCGGCAGGGCGGGGUGGCGGGGGCACCGGGCCAGCCGGCCCUGAGUGCCCAGCACCGCCAAGCAGGAGGGCCUCACCCACACCCACUGCAGAGCAAAGAGAAAAAAAUGGCUCCCCACCCCACCCCCCCCCACACAGACGCCCCAGGCACACGGUCACCCGUAUUCUACCUCACACUCCAGCGUGGGCUUUUCCAGGGUGUGCCCUGAGCCCGUUCUGAACGGCCGUCUCCCACCUCCCCUCCAAGGGUAUCUGCCCGGGAGCUAAGUCCAGAAGGGGAGGCCAGGAGCUGGAGCCCCGGGAGGACCUUGGCCUACGAGAGUCGCCACUGGCUGUCCCCUGGCCUCGGCGCUUGACGGGACAGAGAGCUGGGAGAUGGCAGCUGGUCAGCAGGGCCCUUGCCCUCAGCCUGCCCCAGGGACCAGGUCUGCACACUUCUCUGUACAGGCUCUGGCCCCUCGGACACCUGCAGCCUCGAAGGGCCCCUGGUUUCUUCACGGACCCUGGCUGUCAGAAAAGGCAGCUGUGAGCUACCAGGCAGACUGCAGCUCCCUCCCCCCUGCCCCGUGGUUGGAGUAAAGGGACCAUCAGAGAAAUGGAGAAGCCACUGGGGUUCUCCAAGGAUCAGCCCUUCUGAAGGGGCCAGUCCUAGAAGAAACCCAUAAUCCCUGGAGUGUGAGAAAGGGCAAACAAAAGGCUGGCCUGGUUUCCUUCCUCCCCAAUAGGCACUUCCUCUUGCUCAGUGCAAUACCUACCAGUGCUGCUAAAACCAGGGAUUUGCCCAGACCUCACAAGGCCCGCAGGGCCUCUCCGUGCAACACUCCGUAGCCAUGACAGCAGCUCUCUGCUGCCCGCCCCUGCCCAGAUGGCAGAAGCCCUCUGUUGCCUUUCCUCCCUCAGAGCAAAGAGGUCCCAGGGGAGCCCGGGCCAAGGGGACCCUAGGAUCGAGAGCCACUCGACCCCAAAGCAGGCACCCCCUCCCAAACCAGCUUUUCUGCAGCCAGCCGCCUGCCGGCACUGUGGCAGACCGCCCUCAGGAGGGGUAGGGAGAGGGCUCCAGGGAGGACGCCUCCCCCUCCUCAGAUCCAGGACUUGAGCUGUGGGCCCCGGAUUCCAGAAAGUCGGAAGGGCAGGGGGGUCCUGCCCCCCUGCUUGCUUCCAGCCCCUGGAGGUUGAGGGUGGCCUUUUCUCUCUCAAGUGGCCUCCAGCACCCCACGCGGCCACACCACCUCUGCCUUCCAUCUGACCAGUUCCCAGGCUCCGGUCAGGACACCGAGACCUGCCGCCCUCAGCACAGCACAAGCCCCGGUGCCCGAGGCCACCCCCACACCCCAGCGUCCACACGUCCAGCCCUCACCUGCUCAGUACUACUCCCGGACGUUUGAAUUUAUGUAAAUAUUUAUUUUUGUGUGUGAACGAUACUACGAAUCAGUAGAUCUUUUGCAAAAUGUUACCCCAGGCAAUUUGUGAAAAUCUUAAUGUUGAAAACUGGCAGAGACAAUCGCCGCCUUACUUAGAAUUCUUGACAUCAACUGCUUAACAUGUCGUUUCUCCUCCCAGAGGCAGUACCCGGGCCAGGCACUAAUGGUUCGCUUCUCUUAAGAGACAGGAGUGAGAAAGAUUGGGGAAGGGGCUCCCGCCACCCCCGACACAAGGGAUUCAAUGUGAAGAUCAGUAUAGGCUACAGUGUGGAGCCGUGGUUUUGAGUCAAGCUUGUCCUAACUGACCACCUUCAGCAGCCUGGGCGCUGCUGUAAACAGCGUAGGUUCAGUGUGUGUCAGAGAGAGGAAAUGAGUGCUAGUGGUCGGGGUCCACUGGGGCUUCCAGAGCCCCUCCAGGACAGUGGGUCCCGUCACACUGACCCCACCUCUUGGUGGGCUCCUUCCUGGUGAAGCUCUCGUGAUGGCAGGAUCAGGAGCAAGUUACUGUGUGGAAAUAGGAUAUUCCAUUAGCUAGUCCAGUCAGGGAACUUCUUCAGUUUCGUUUUUGUUUUAGAAGACACAGCGUCAACCCCGUCCCUCUCCUCCUGACUUGGGAGAGCACCAAAGGCUGGCUCUGCUGAACCUCGCUCGCUGCUGUUCCCCCACCCCGGGGACUGCCUUCUCCCCGAGGGAGCGCCCACAGCCAGUUCUUACGGAGGGCCUCAGGGCACAGAUUGAUGAUUUGGGAUCCUAAGUUUAAAAGGAAACGCUAGAGUAGUACACCAGUUCCAGAGUCUUUGCAGGGGGCUAAUCCCACAAGGUUGGAAUCAGAGGAGAAGUGGGGAUUUGGUCUUAGUGGUGGAUCAUCUUAGUAGACCAGUAAGAGUAUAACCCAUCUACAGUUCAUUUCGUCGUCACCCCUCAGUUUAUACCCAAGGACAGUGUUGAGGGGGAGGGGGACCGGCAGGGGGUUAGAAAGGUUUUAGAGGAUUUCAAACAGGAGGAACCCAGCCAUCCCAAUCCCCAAGGGCCACUUUCCACUCCAGGGGUGGUUAUAGGAUUAACUACCAGUUCAUUUUCAAAAUGCUGCUUUGAACUCAGAGGGUUGAUACUUUUAAUUUGUAAUUUUUUGUAAAACUUUUUACAAGAUAGUAAAGUAUUUCACCAGAAUACCAGUUUCAAUCCGUCCAUGGUCUGAUUUUUAUAUAAUUUAGUGGUGCUUUAGAAACUUUGUUUUUGUUGUUUAUGAGCUAAACAGCUCAGUCCUUUUUCGCCUGUAUCUACCUAAGACCAAUGUGAACCUUUGUAUUUUUGCUCCUAAUUUUGGACUCAGUGAAAGUGUACUGUUUACAUGUACAGAUGCCCCAGUCCCUGUGUGUCCUGCAAGACUCGCUCCCGAGGAGGAAGGUGCACCUCACUGAGCUCAUCUGCUUAGCAAAGCCACAAAACAAAAACCUCUCACGUUUUACCUAUGUUUCCACCUAAAAACAAAAACAAAAACCCUACACCACACAGAACUCAGAUUUGCUGAAAAAUACUUUUCUAAGCUCAGAAAAAUCUUUGUGCGGCAGAUGGCCAUAUGCCUGUGUCAUGUGGUCCAUUUAAGAGCAGGGCUCAGAAGGGAGACUUCUUGUCAGCUGCGGGUGGGUAACCACGUGCACUGGUGAAAUGGGACAGCAGGACUUGGCGCAGAGCUGGGGAGGAAAGAGCUCUUCUCCUGGCAGCCUGGGAAUGGGGAGGUCAUGCUAACUCACAGCACCUUUAGGAUCAAGCCACCCAAGGUUCAGGGACAACCCAACAGGGUUGCCAAUCCCUAGACAUAUUUGGGAAGAGGUCAAGUUCUCUACCUGAGAUGAGUUUUAAGACUUUCCGAUGCAGAUGGUAGAAGCAUUUCUUCAGGGUCCCCUAGAGGCAUGACCUCUGGGGAGGGGCAGGGGGCUCCAGACAGGAAGCAUAUGGCACUUAAGGCAAACAGCAGAUGGCACCAACUUCUAAAGGUGACUCAAUUACUUCGUCAGUGGCUUCACCUCUAAAUUAUAUUUUUACAGAUAUGCACCUAUGCAACUUAACGUGGCUCUUCUAAGCAGGUGAGGACUUCCUCCUCAACGCUCUAUAAAAAUGAUUUGUGUUCUCUAUAGUGAGUUUUUCCAGUAAAUGUGGCUUAAUAUUUUAAUUCUUAGAAUGUGUCUUCUCUAUGUGAUGCAACUCAAUUCUGUUUUGUUUGUGGAAUGACUAGCACAGGCCAACUCCCUCUCCCCUCACUUAACAAAAGACCAAUGAGCUGUUAAUCGAGCUGUUAUCUCCAUGGUAUUACUUGCUAAAUGCACUGAUUUCAUAAGUAUGUGGAAUCCUUUUUCUUUUGAAUCUGUAUAUCAUAUAUAAGACUGAAUCUACUUAAUAAACACUGAAUAACAAACCGAA